AUGGAGUAUUGUAAUGUAGAGAGCGUCCAAGCCCUACUGAGUGCACCGCCUGAUAAGGUCAUGAGCAUUAAGGGGCUGAGUACUGAUGAAUAUAUCCUUGAGAAUAUCAUUUCGAUGAUCAAGAAACAGAAAGAUGAGGAAGCGUUUUACUUGCUGGAUUUAGGUGUUGUCAUCGACCUCAUCGAAACCUGGAAACGUAACCUUCCGAUGGUCCAACCCUUCUACGCUGUUAAGUGCAAUCCACAUCCGGAUCUCCUUGCCACCUUGGUGGCUCAUGGCUCCAGUUUCGACUGUGCAAGUCGGUCUGAAAUUGAGUCCAUUUUGGCUCUUGGAGUUUCUCCGGAUCGCAUCAUCUAUGCAAAUCCCUGUAAAGGUAUCUCUCACAUCAAGUACGCUGCCGAAGUUGGCGUGAACCUAACCACUUUUGAGUCACUGGAUGAGAUUGAGAAGAUCCGGAAAUUGCACACGAAAUGUUCUUUACUAAUCCGCAUUAAAGCUCCGGACGAGAGUGGGAGCAGGUGGCCAAUGAGUUCCAAGUACGGUGCUCUUCCCGAAGAAGUCCCUCAGCUCCUCCAAGCAGCUCAAACUGCAGGGCUCAAAGUUGCUGGGGUGUCAUUUCACAUAGGGAGUAAGUCCCACAAUUCUCAAGCAUACAAAAUAGCCAUAGAAGCAGCUAAGGCGGUUUUUCAGGAGGCAGAUAGACUCUACAUGCCUCCCAUGUAUGUGUUGAACAUUGGCGGUGGCUUUGUGUCCGAUGCACUGUGCUUUGAAGCUGCGGCAGCAGCGGUGAAUGCUGCCGUAGACAAGUGUUUUUCUGAAGAGGGGCGACGCAACUUAACAGUGAUCGCAGAGCCAGGUAGGUUCUUUGCAGAGACGGCUUUCACGCUUGUCACCAACAUCAUAGGGAAACGCGUGAGAGGGAAGGUCAGGCAAUACUGGAUCAACGAAGGGUUUUAUGGCUCCAUGAUGCGUAUAGACCGCACAAGCCUAGUUGAAUCAUGCAUUUUUCUGAAAUGCAUAUCCAAUAACAGUAGCGAGAGUGAGAAGAACUCCACCCUGAUGAUAUGUGGCAAAAGUAACGGUGGCGGUGCUCAUACUUACAGUUCAACUGUGUUUGGUGCGACCUGUGAUCCGAUUGAUAAAGUAUUGGAGGAUCACCAGCUACCAGAACUGGAGGUGAAUGAUUGGCUGGUGUUUCGAAACAUGGGUGCUUAUACUUCGUCGUGUAGCAACAACUUCAAUGGUUUUGGCUCCACCAAGAUCACCUACAUCAUUAACUGA